AAUCAUAUAUUUCGGAGCACUGAUUUAAUCUUAUAUUUUGGUCGAUAUUCUGAUCACGCAGCCCUUCCAUAGUUUUACCGUGACUGGUAAGCAAAGUUACCACUGUGACGUAGAAAGAACAGGCGGUUUACACUGAUUACAAUGACGAGUUGCUGUUGUCAUGGUAACUGCGAGGAGCCUGUGACGUGAUCCAAAUCACUCAGCCUCCUUUCCACUAUGCUGAGUGCAUCAUUGCAACCUGGUCCCAUCGGUCCUGGCUGAAGUCGUUGCUCUCCUUUGAAUUACUUCGUGAAAUUAGACCGUCAUGGUAAAUAAAAUGUCAACAACGAUGUGCAAUUUACGCCUUCUUUUGCUGAGUACCCCGAUGAUAGUUUUGUCUUUAAGCAGCGUCGAAGGGACAGCAUGUUGCGCCCUGGCAGUGGCCGAAGCCGGGGAGGAUUUUACCGCACUCCGAGACAAGACAUUCGCUGCCUUCAGACAGGAAUGCCGGGUGAAGGAUAGCACCCCUUGCCCGUUUACCACUGAGCCAGCCACGCCGCAUCAGUUUGAUUUUGUCCUGAGGCCUAUCAUCCCGCCUUUUCGUUUGGAUUUCACUCUCAGAGCCCCGAAGGAUGCGAUAGUAGCACUGGCAGAAGACAUGACCGAAGACUCCAUCUUCGCCGAGAUAGGAAUUGGCAGUUGGGGAAAUGUAAAAUCAACCAUUAGACCCUGCUAUACGAUCUUGCAUGGAUGCUUCGAUUUACUAGGAGGCAAUACUGUGCACGAUGAGGCCGGCAUCGUCAGCGACGUUGAAAGUCGGCCCUUCUGGAUCGAGUACAAAGGGGGCGUGGUGACUGUCGGCAAGGGGGGACAGACGGAAGCUUUCAUGGAGUGGGACGCCGCAAGCUACCACGAUAAAUUCCCCGUUCCUGUACACGUUGGGAUCUCUACUUACCAGUCUUAUGGCAAUUGGGUAUUUUACACGUUCUGCAAAUAAAUUUGCCAACUUCAGUAAUGUGGACUGUAUUAUAUUGUAGAGCUAUAGGCCAACCGUAAAGAGUUUUGAUUCGGCCACUUCGGUCGGUUUCUCAAGUGAGAUUCUUUGAUGUUUACAUGGUUUUCUGGUUAGACUUAGGCCCUAUAUUCAUAUUAACUGACAUUAAUUUUAGUGAAAUGCAUUCUAUUCUUGAUUAAAACUAGUUUUAAUUGCUCUGUAGAAUACGUUUUCAUGACACUUUCAUGGUAUAGAAGUUUGCAAUGUAUAUUCUUCAUACUAAGAGUGACAUCCAUGAUUGGUCACAGUAAGAAUG